AUGUCAACACUCCUCCCUUUCCGAGACAAGCGGCUACCACCUGUGCCAGCUGCCGGUUCGAUGUACCACCAGCAUCCUCUCCUCCAUGUCGAGCGCCAGACAGAGCACAUUCAGCGCAAUCUCCAGACUUUGAUUGAUGCGCAAAGCGAGGGUCUUCUGGCAGGUCUCGCGCGAUCCCAGCCAGAAGACACAUCGGAUGGAAGCUUUACCCCGACAUCCUCGGCAGCUGGUCAAGCUCGGUCUCCGUCAACAAUCCCUGCCAGGCAGCCCCCUGUCAAGAAAAUUGGACUUCGCGCUGCACGGCAGGGGAUAUUCCAAUCCAUCUAUGAUCUACUAAAGCUGCGAGAGGAGGAGCGUGACAUUCUGUCGUCUCAGACAGACGAGCGCGACAACGCGCUCCAUGAAAUCCAAGGGUUCUCCUCUAGGAAAGACGGCUUGGAAGAGGCCAUAUCCUCUAUACACAAUGACCGAGAGAAGCAACUUGCCACACGGUUACAAGAAGAGGCUCGCGGCCUUGAGACUGACAUUCGUGAGCUGGAAACCAAGCUGUACGAGAUGAAGGCCAAACAUCGCAACCUGAUCAGCGAAAUCUCACACCUCGAGAACUCCGUCGACGCGAAGCUAUCUUCGUAUAAUGAAUCCCUAUCCCUCCUUCAAUCCGACAUUCAACACUAUCUUCGUGAUCCUCCAGUCCCACCGCUAUCGCGACGCACGGGCGAGUCUACAUUCUACUCCUUAAACCCCAAACGGCGCACACUCGACAUGAUGGAGGAACACUGGAAGUCGGAACGGGAGUACCUGCAUCAGAGACAGCACGAAGUGGAUGCGGAGAUCCUAGCUCUGGAGGAAGGGGGUGGAGUUUGGAAACAAGCCAUGGCUGACGUGUCCGGCUUCGAGAAGCGCCUCAGGGCUAACAUGCGGCACUUCAUUCAGAUUCAGUCGUCAGCGACCGAAUCAAAUACUGAGCAGUUCUCGGGGACGAUGGAGGAGGUCGCCGCGAACGUUUCAGAGGACUUGGACAAGACUACGCAGCGGCUGCAAACACAUUUGGAGCUUGCUGAGACGAAGGAUUGGAAGCUUCUUGUUUGCUGCAUCGCCGCAGAGCUAGAGGCGCUCCGAGAAGCACGUGGAAUGCUCCUUCCAGCUUUUGGCUUGCCAGUACCCAACAGCGCGCCCGCCUCCCAGUCGUCGUCCCCGGAGAACCCAGCUUCAGAGAAUCCCGGGGAUGUGCAUGAGGACUCAUUGGACAAUGAUGAUCCUGAGCCGCCGGCUGAUAUACUGAAAGAUGAGCAUGCCCCGCACGCAGAUAGUGCGUCCAGAUCGGAUGAUGAUGAGCCAGAUCCAGCUUGGCUCUAA